AGUAAAUCCAAGUGGGUUUUUCCUCUUUGUGCCAAUGUCCUGAGUGGAACCUCAUGACCCUUUUCUCUUCCCUUACAAUGAAAUGGGGGUUUGGCUCUGGGGGGUGCUCGGGUCUUACUGGAGUGGGAAGUGUGUGUGCAGCCCUUCGGACCCGAGCGGUGCGGGGCAAGGGCGUUGCCUCUGCCACCCCAUAAGAUAAGCCAGGAGUCCCUUCUGCACCCUCAGCACACACCCAACUCUUUGGGGUGUGAAGGCAAACAGCACAUGGCUCUUUGGGGGGGUGAAAGCUUUCCGAGUGGUGGCCGUGCAGCCCCACGUGCACCCGAUGCUCACGGGGCUCCCCUUGGCGCUGUGUUUCAGGCUGGAUGUGGCCGGGCCAUGGCGCAGCUGGAGCUGCUGUGGGCAGCUGCCGCGCUGAUGCUCUUCGGAGCUGCUGUCAGCCUCUGCGUCAAGUGCCAGCUCUCGGCUACGAAGCGAGAGAAGCAGCUGAGUGAGCGAAGGAGCCAGCUCGACAGUCAGCAGAGGUUUGAGGUGAUUCGAUCCUAUUCCACUACAACACGAAGGCUGGAACAAAUAAAGGAACCUGAAAAAUUAGCAAGGAAAACCCCCAAGGAGCUUGGCACCUCCCGCCGCGCUGGAUAUGGGAGCGGGACCGAGCCCAGGUAUCAGAACUUUCUGACAGAGGACUGCCUGCAAGGGGAUGCUGCCUAUGUGGAGCCCAUAUCUCUGGAUUACUACAACUGUGCCAGGUUCUUCACACCACCCAACGAGAAAGAGGAGGAUUCCCAGUCCUAUCAAAAUGUCAUCAUUGGAGUGUCUCAUGGCUCUGAUAUGGUCACAGAUGAUGCUGUAGACUAUGAGAACAGUGCAGCGAUACAUAUAUGGAAACUCCAGCAGACGGAAGCUCUGCAGAGAGAAAGCCCAGAUGAUGAGCCAGACUACAUCAAUGCGGCCCCUGCAUCAGGCCCUGCCUUUCUGUCAAAGCAAAGUAUUCUGCAUAAAGUCUGAAGAAGUCCUUUGCUGAGCUGUAAGAGCACACCCAGCAAGCAUGCGCACAGGGAGAGGGGAGGCUUCAAUCCCUCGGUGAAAUCUCUUCUCCAAAUUGUGCCCAAGAUCACAUAGAAGGGGUGCUGCUGAAAUGAAGAAACGCUCUGCUUGAAGUCCCGCGGAAGUCCAACAGCAAACCUGCGACUGGAGAAAGUACCCUGCCUGGCAGUGACCAUGGGCAAGCCAAGAGUUUGUUAUCCUGCCUCAUUUUCCUGCACAUCUACUCGAGGCAGCAUGGCCAGCCUGUGAAAUGUCUUCUGUCAAACAUGAAAUGAAUCUUAAAAUUGCUGAGCAGCAAUGCAGCCAGCUACUUAAUUUGUCAGGGUGACUCAUGCACAGUGGUAUUAAGACACAGGGAUUAUGUUCUGAUUUAGUUCCCAUGCUCUCCUACAGAAGCAGUUUCCUAUAAGAGAGAAACCGGCAAGGCAGAGGUUUCCUUUACAACAGCAGCGGUUCUCUGGAUCUAAAUGAGAUAUCAACCUGUUGACAAAAGCUGAAGACUAAAUCCCUGCCUUAUCCACAGCUUGUAACUCACAGUAUCUGCCUAUGGCAGUUUUCCUUGUUUCAGUAUUUGGUUUAUAAUAAUACAAAGACCCUGCAACAACUGAGACUGUCAGAUCCACAGCUGCCAGCCUGAGAAACUGCACUGGUCUUUCAGUAUUGCCGUAGGAACAUCAGCCCUUGUCUCUUGAGCCCUGAUGCACAGAUUUGGCACCGUUGUACCACUUAUUUAUUAAAA